GGGCGCGGGAAGCCCCGCUCCCUCGGGGCACCCCGGUCCCCCCUUCUCCCGCCUCAUUUGCAUGGCUCUUAUUACGGCCGUGCCUCGCUCCUGCCGCGCUGACACCGGCGGGCUGGAGCGCGGAGCUGCCUGCAGCGGGCAGCGCGCUUCCCUCCUUCCCUUCCCCGCCCCGCCUCGCCCGCUCCCGCCUCAAGCUCGCUCUCUCUGGAUGUUUAAGGCGAGGAUGAACAAACAGAUCCAGCCCGACCGCAAAGUGUCGGUGGUGGCCCCUUUGCCGGAGCGCCCGGGGCCGCCUCCCCCGCGGAAAGACGUGGAGCUGAUCCUGGUGAAGGAGCACAACGGCGUGCAGUACACCAGCAGCAACCUCCUGCCCGCCUCCCCCGCGCCCCGCUACGGCCCCCAGGACAGGGAGACGUGGGGCAAGAAGAUCGACUUCCUCCUCUCCGUCAUCGGCUUCGCCGUGGACCUGGCCAACGUCUGGAGGUUCCCCUACCUCUGCUACAAAAAUGGAGGGGGUGCUUUUCUUAUUCCCUAUAUCCUCUUCCUAAUCAUUGCUGGAAUGCCCCUGUUCUAUAUGGAAUUAGCACUGGGACAGUACAACCGAGAAGGAGCUGCCACUGUGUGGAAGAUCUGUCCAGUGUUCAAAGGUGUAGGCUAUGCAGUGAUACUCAUAGCUCUUUACGUGGGUUUCUACUACAACGUUAUCAUAGCUUGGUCUCUGUAUUAUCUAUUUUCAUCAUUCACAUUUGAGCUCCCCUGGACGAACUGCGACAAUAGUUGGAAUAGCCCAAACUGUACAGAUCCCAAACUCUUCAACGCGUCAGUGCUUGGCAAUGGCACCAAAUACUCAAAGUACAAGCUCACUCCUGCUGCUGAAUUUUAUGAGCGAGGAGUUCUGCACCUGCAUGAAAGCCGUGGAAUCCACGACCUUGGCUUGCCUCGCUGGCAACUUUCCCUCUGCCUCUUGGUGGUGGUAAUCAUUCUUUUCUUUAGUCUGUGGAAAGGCGUGAAGACUUCAGGAAAGGUUGUGUGGAUAACAGCCACUUUGCCUUACGUUGUAUUAUUUGUCUUGUUAAUACACGGAAUAACCCUGCCUGGUGCAUACAAUGGAAUAAAUGCAUAUCUGCAUAUAGAUUUCAGAAGAUUAAAAGAAGCCACAGUAUGGAUUGAUGCAGCUACUCAGAUAUUUUACUCCUUAGGAGCUGGAUUUGGUGUUUUAAUCGCAUUUGCCAGUUACAAUAAGUUUGACAACAACUGUUACAGGGAUGCUUUGCUGACUAGUACCAUUAACUGUGUCACAAGCUUCAUCUCAGGAUUUGCAAUUUUCUCCAUAUUGGGCUACAUGGCUCAUGAGCACAAAGUUAAAAUUGAGGAUGUAGCCACUGAAGGAGCUGGUUUAGUUUUCAUCCUCUAUCCAGAGGCAAUUUCAACUCUUUCAGGAUCUACAUUUUGGGCUGUGGUAUUCUUCAUCAUGCUCCUUACUCUUGGCAUCGAUAGUUCUAUGGGUGGAAUGGAGGCUGUCAUCACUGGCCUGGCGGAUGAUUUCCAUAUUCUGAAGCAGCAUAGAAAGCUCUUCACCUUCGGUGUUUCUUUUGGCACUUUCCUUCUUGCCCUUUUCUGCAUCACCAAUGGUGGAAUUUAUGUGCUCACGCUUCUGGACACGUUUGCAGCUGGGACUUCAAUAUUGUUUGCUGUCUUAAUGGAGGCGAUUGGAGUUUCCUGGUUUUAUGGUGUAGACAGAUUCAGUGAAGAUAUCCAACAAAUGAUGGGCUUCAAGCCGGGCCUCUACUGGAGAUUGUGCUGGAAGUUUGUUAGCCCUGCUUUUCUGUUGUUUGUUGUAAUAGUCAGCAUAAUAAACUUCAAACCUCUGACCUAUGAUGACUACACCUUCCCUCUCUGGGCAAAUCGCAUUGGCUGGGGAAUAGCAUUAUCUUCAAUGAUACUUGUGCCUGCCUAUAUUAUCUAUAAAUUUAUGAAUGUGCGUGGGACCUUUAAAGAAAGACUAGCUUACUGCAUCACACCUGAGAAUGAACACCAGCUCGUGGCCCAAGGAAAUGUCAGGCAAUUUAAGCUUCAACACUGGCUAACAAUAUGACAACCAACAGGUUGAGGAAAAAAACAAUACGUUAAGCUAAACUGGGAAUACAGAAAAGUCAAGUUCAAAGCUCCCUCAAUGAUGUUUGGACCAGGCUGGCUCAGAGCUUACCUACUGACUCUUUGAGGGAAGACAUCUGCUCUCUGUUCUCAAUGCCUCCCUUCUAUUACUUGGCUUCAAAUGAUCUUUAAAGACUCCGUUUAUUUUUUCUUAUAUCUUUUGGUGCCAUGAAAUCCCUACAUGACCAAAACUUGUGAGUUUUGCUAUUAGCAGAAGUGGAGGAGGGGGGAGCAGAGAAAAAAGCAAUCAACAUACAUUAAAUGCUCUUUUAUCAUGAAGAAGUGAAUACAACUUUUCUGACAGUAAUAAUUACUUCAGAUACUCGUGCCACGACCUGAUUUAAACCAACAACUGAACAUUCUUAGAUCUAAAGAAAGAGUACAUCUCAAUUGUGAGGAAAGAGCAACUUUACCUAUGUAUUAAUGUCAUUAGCUUUCUUGCCAUGCUAUCCUUUGGGAUAUGAGUUUGCAUCCUUCUGAAAUGAAGACCCAGUGCUUCGUUUUCAGUGGUUUGUUACUAGUUUCUUCUUUUGGUGAAGAAAGUUGUCUUUAUAUGUCUGUGCUGUUUUCUGUCCAUUUAAUCCUACAGGCUGGGAAGUAGCAGGAACAGAACCCCUGUUGGAGCUACUAAGUACAGAAUACAGUUUAAUUACACACUGUACUUAGUGAUAAAUAUAUUAUGUCAACAAUUAAAAUGGCUUUAUCAUAUGAUCAUUACUUUACUGAUUUUUUCAGUUAAUUGUAAAACAUUUCAUACAAAUAGUCACACUUUUAACUUUGUUAUAUUUUGUGCCAAAUAAAAAAAGUAACAUAUAUAAAAUACAUAGAAAGAGAAUGAUUUUUAGAAUUAUUUAAAUCAACCCAGAAGCACCAAAAUACCAAACUUGUGUUUUAUUCUGCUGUUGUAAGCAAGCUGUUAUUAUACUCUUAUUAGAUUCACCUACCAAAACAUAGCAAGAUUGUGUUGAACAACUUAGAAGGAUAAGCCUAUUCCUGCUCUUCUCUGGUAGCAUUAUGCAAGUUAGAAGAUACAGAACAAACUCUGCAUUUGGGUGCUGUUCUCAUUCUCUGUGGCACAUAUCACUGUAGCAUUUUCCCAGUGAUCAGUAGAUUUGGUAGCUGAGUUAUUUCUUGUAGUUAUUUAUUACGAAAUAAACUUUUUCAGAAGCUGUAGCUUCUCAGCUGAAUCCAGCCUGGAGCUUACCUCUGGACCUUACCUCUGAUUUUUUUCUUUUUUUUUUCUUGCCUCUGUAUAUUCAAUUCAGCUUCUUUUUCAAGUGGAUGUAGUGCUUCUUUUUGAAGAGAUUACUUUAAAGGAUGGAGCUUUUCUUAUUUAUAGAGCAAUUGUUGGGGGUUUCUGUGUUUUUUUCCUCUCCUGUUUUUAAAAUAGUCCAAUUUAAAACGUCCAAGUGAUUUUAGCCUUUUUCAUUUAGUAUUGAUUUCUCUUCAAAAUAACAGUAAGCAAAUUUCUCUCCUUAUUCAUCCGUUUCCUCCAGCAGACUCAAUACUUCGGAAUGAAUCGAGCAUUAUCUCUUCUUGUUAGAGAUUGUGUGACAAAGCAGUGGUUUUAUUUAAAUAUGGCUAUAAAUCCAAAGGACACAGUCUACUACUUAUAAAGGCAGACACUUUCUGGCCCAGCUGAUGGCCAAUAGUGGCUUAAAUCAUGUUAUUAAAUAUAUUUCAAUAAUAAAGGAGUUUCAAAAGGUUGCUGUUCUAGUUCUGUAAUUACCUGAAAGUCCAUACAAUUAAAGUGUUGAUUGCUUCAAAGAACAGGGAAAAAGAAAAAAAAUACAACCCAUCCUCCCACCAGCUUUAUAGGUAAUCCCAUUUUUAUUGUUUGCUAAACUUCAGGGAGAUCUUUUCAUUGUUACAAAUCUUACUCUUCAAUAAUACAGCUGCUUCAGUCACUGGAUUGGCAGGGUUCAAAAAUCUUCUAACAAAGUUACCAAGUUUUGAAACUCUUGCAGGGCUCUGAUGUGGAGUUUUAACAGCUUUUAACAUUAUUGUUCGGUUUGCUCAUGUGUGUAAACGCUAGCAACCUGCACCAAUGCUUACUUGUAAGACACCCCACUACCACUCAUGCAGGAAAAGUUGUUUCAUCACCACUCUGCUCUGAAAUAGAUCAAAUCUCUUAACAGAGGACUGAAAUCAUCUGCAUCUAGCACUUCAGGGUUUGACUGUAUUUUAAAUACCAACUCCCAAAGCGAUGAUCCACUUCAUUAUUUUUAUAACUGUUAUUGUUUAACUUCUUAAGUUUAGCAUUGUACUAAUAACUCAGGACUCCACUGCACCAUUGCCACCUUGUUCUGAAGUUCGACAAAGCUCAUCAUCUGAACAGAAAACAACAGGGAAAUCAGAGAGACUGGGAAAUCUAUUACUGGGAAUAGUGUUAAUGAAAGAGAGAAUUCAUGAUGCAUGAUUGCACAGGUAGGCUUUAAGUUCAAGUCUCCCCCAAAAUAACGACCUAGGAAUGGAGAACAACGUUCUCGAUUCACAUAGAAUAAGAUGCUCAACUACCUCAUGCCUCCUUGAUGAUAAAUGAUACCACUAGAAACAAACUAAUACCCUUUCAAGAAAUAAAAAAGCUUUGUGAAGACUGGGUAUAUAAAAACAGGCACAACUCCAGAACCCAGCUUCUUUCAGACUCCUGCUUUGAGCUCCCUAAUACACUUUCAAUACCAAAAAUAUCAAAUACCACUAAGAUACUCAUUUCCAUUCAGUUCAACCACAGUAGAUAAGAAGAUCCCCCAGUCAGGUUCUUACUACCCAAGUAGUUACUUACCUUCAAGUCUUCCUCCAAGGCUGUCUUGAAUUUUCAGCCAAGUAGUAGCUCACCAUUUCCCUUAGCGACAUUACUGUGGGAGCAGGCCCACUCUGGGACUGGUGCUCUCCCAGACAUCCUCAUGAAAUGGCAAGUUAUGCUGAUGAAGUAGGCAGCCUGCUUCCAGAACUUUUGGUUGCAAGCUUAUUCAAGGUGAAGUGUCAUCAGCUUGCUAAUUAAGUUGGCUGUUUUGGUAACAAGCCCACGGUGAGAAUUGGGAGAACCAUAUAAAUAGAUAGUUUGGCAGUUCUAGAAAAACAUGGUCUUGAAAGCUUUUUUUUAAUUCAAUAAAGGAAGCAGCUGUCAUAUAUUAGCAUCUCAUUUCUGACCAACCCUCCCUUCUUCCCUGUCACUGAAGACAACCUGCCUGAAAUCCAGGUUGUUUCACUAAGUCUUAAAGUUACCUAACACCAAAGAAAAAUCUUCCAUUUUUCUCUGUAUUUCUGCUGCCAUCCAGCAGGAUAAUUUUUCACACAGUUGUUACUUUUCUAUAGAUAUAAUACUAAAACUCUAGGGUUUUUAAAAUCUAGUAGAAAGACUGUAGGGCCUUCAUGGGCAACAGCCAAAAAAGCAGUAGUUUUUUUUUUUUUUGGUCAGUCUUUCUUGUGUUCUCUCAUGUGCUGAAGCAUACACCCUGGCAACACUUGAAAGAUAUCUUACCAUAGCGAGAGAUUUUGCAGGAAAUCCAGGAUCAAACAUAAUAUUUUAAAUAUAGAAUGUAGGAGGAGAGAUACUUGGCUGUUACUAUUGUACCUGUUCCCUAACUGCACGUGCAACAUAUGUUGUAUGUAAUUUUCCCAGAGGAAGUUCCCUAUAAUUGGCCAUUUCUUCCUAGCAAAAUAACUUCUAAAUGCUAUUAUUAAAAAAGUCAAGCUCAAACAUCUUGUGUAUACAUACACCCUUCUAGUCUAUUGUUUUAACAUGAAUUAAGUUUACUUUGUACUGUUAGGUUGCAGGAGGAGGGCACGUAGAAAGUCAUUUUUCUUUUAAUGCCUAUUUUACAGUUCUUACGAUUAAUACAAUAGUCGUUAAGAUACUUGCUUUUGUGGGAGCUGGUAGCUUUUGUUCUUGUCCUGGACUGAUUUUGCUAAGUUGCAUGAGGCACUGACAAACAAUCUCUUUCCUAACAUCCAAAUUCAAACCAUAAAUCAGGGAUUUCAAAAGAGAUGAGGCUUACAAAUGUCUUAUUUGCUUUGUCCAGUUAAAACAUUUUAAAUGGGCCUAAGGUAACCAGACAUAAACAGCUAUCACAGCUCUAAUGACAACAUGUAAUCUACCUGGAAGAAUUAAGUGCAUUCUGAGCCCCUCAGAGCAGCAAAAUACACCUAUACAUUUUAUUUUAUUAAAAUACAUUUUUAUUAAAAUACAUUUUAUUUUCUCAAGGCUAAGAAUAUUCAAGGUCCACAGGUCAGCUGAUGUGCCAGAACUUGAUCUCCUUGCAUUAAAGGCCACCAUAACGUUUCAAAUUAGUACCAUGAAAAACAAGUUCGGCUAUAGUAUCAGGAGGCAGUUAUUUUAGAAGCACUUUUGGAUGCCUUCCUCAGAAAGAAAAUCACUGAGUUUCAGAGAGGAUCAGAGAAGGAAAAGGCUGCAUCUUAAAGAUCCAUUUCAAAUGUUUCUGUUCUAUGGAAAAUGGUUCCUUUUGUUCAACCAUUUCAGUCCUUGUGACAGAUUGAAAUGGGAAAAAACCACCAAGCACAUCCUCCACUCUGCUCCAUGUUCUUGAAGGACAUUUUUCCUAUGAUUCUAUGAUUUUGCCAGCCAUCAGACAAGAGUGCUCAGAAUGACCAAGUAAGCAUGCAUGUGUUCCUUAGCUGUGACUAAAAAUACAGUUGCUUGGUUUCUCCUGCUUAAGUUUACUUGGGGAAUAACAAGACCUGUACACCAUGCCAUGCAUAGAGAAACUUCUACCAAGACAAAAUAUUUCACAUAUUUUGUACAUUGUUCAUAACAAAAAUUACAUAGGUCCAAGACCCCCAGAGCAGUACUGUACACCACCCGAGAACAAAUUUAAACGCAUGUACAUGCAUCAGAUAUUGACCACUAUCAAGGCAGAUGUGUCAGCCAGCAGAUAAAUGGCACCAGCUGCUUUUAAUGACAGAAUCUGAUCAGUUUUCCUUUGCCAUCUAAAGCCUCAAUAUAUUUAGACACCUUUCAACCACUACAUGGCUGACCGCGUGGAAGCACACAAAUUGAAGUAGCAGAAAUCACGACUGUACAGCAGAACUGUUCUCCUUUGAAGGAUGUCUAGACACCUAGAUGUAAGUGCUGAAGAAGCAGUUGGAGGCAGGUGGAAUCAGGGAGAACAGGCAGGAAAGGCUGAAGUCACAGCCCAGCCUUUAUGCAGAGGAAAGAUUCCUGUGCUGCCAGGAGUUGUGUGUUGAGAUCCGUGAGUGUUUUUGUGCCUAAGCACGACAGCAAGAUUGGGACGCUUUCCUCCUUUCUAAAAGUGUUUUCUUAGUUGCCACGCUAGACAACAGUUGCUUAAUUUCUUUAAUGAGGGUACAGAAUAAUUUCAGUGAGCUAAGAAAAUCACUAAGCCUUAAGCUGGCUCUCUCAAAGGUGUCAUGUUGUUUCUUGGUCACUGUCAGGGUGACCUGCAUUUGUAGUUAGUUACAUUGCACUCUCUGAACCUAUCUGCAGGACUUAAAUUGUGUAUGCUGUGGGUAAUAUCAGUUAUUAAAGGAGAAUCUCCAAAUAGUAUAUUUUGAAAAUAACUUCUAAUAAGCCUGACGAAGAUUUGCCUUACAGAUAAAAGCUUUAUAGUGAGCAUUUACUUGGUUUACACCAGUGUUUUACUUAAUUUUUAAUGCCUAUUUAUAGCAAUGACUAGACUUUACCUUAGAUAAGAGUACUUCUGUACAGGAAAUAUUAGAAUAUUUUUACCAGUUUUUUUUUAUUUUAAUAGAUAUAAGCAUACAUUGUAAGGCGAGAAAUUCAACAUUGGUGUAACAAGGUUAUCACACAGGACCUAUUUCUCCAUUAUAAGGUUUUGUAGUUUAGCAGUCUAGUUCAAAAGCAUGUUGGCCUUUGAGUAUAAAUGUAAACAUGUGAUAAAGGAGAAUAAAAAGACAGUAUCUACAGCUAAUGCAUAUUGUAGCACAAUAUUCUCCAUUGCUGCCUUAAUUUCAUAAGAGGAAGUUAUAUAGUUUUUAAUUUAUAUUCCUAAAAACAAAAAGAAAGGCAACCUUUGGCUGCAAUUUUGUUUUGUUAGAAGACUUAACAUUAAACUAAAUUAAUAUCAAACAGGUCUACUUUCAAAGCAAGGGAUUACAUUGCAGUUUUCAGGAAUAAAUUCUCAUAGGAGUUCAGAACUUGCCACUAGUAAAAAUACUCUCCUAAGUGACCCAGUGACCCAAAGUGUCCUAACAGCCAUGAUGUUUCCAUGUCUAAUUCAGUGCAAUCUGCAGGUCCAUUUGCCCCCUCCCCCCCCUCCCCCUUUGUUGCUUGUUUCUUGUUUUUUUGUUGUCGUAGUUUUUUUAAUCUUUGAUUAUCUGGGGGAAAUGGCAUUCUACUUUUUUUUUUUCUUUUUUGAAAGGGAGACACAUGCCCGUGUGUGUAGUUAGAGACACCUACAUUUCUUAUAAAUAUGGAUAUGGAUGUGUGUGACGUGCGCUGGUUAACUAUACUUAAAAUGCUGAUAAAGAUGGUGAAUGUUAAGUAUUUGUCCUCAUUCUUCUGUCUUUCUGUGGUCAGUGUAAAUAAGACCUGUUUUAAGCUGUGCAUUAAUGUAACAGAUUAUUCCAAUAUUGUGUAUAAAAUUAUUUAAGUAAAUAAUAUCUGACAAAUAUGCACAUAAAGAAUAUAAAGAAAGUCUUAUGUACCAAGAAUUUACUUAUGGCAGUCAAUUAAAAGCUGAAAUGAAAA